CUUUUCUCAGUGGGAGGAAAUGACGUCACUAGCCCAAGCAACUUCACAGCUUUUGCAGCACCUGCUAACAGAGCACCAAUUAGCUAUUCAGAGGAGAAGUCAAAUACUCAGUGGCCUCUUGACACUCUUAAGCAAAAGUCUUGUGUUGGCAAAACAAGACUCUCUUCCUUCACAGUCUGACUGCAAGGCUCAAAAAUUCGCACGCCAGGAAGGCGGUUUACAACGAGACAUUUUCAAAGAAUCGUUUAACAGUUUACGCGAAUCUUUGGAAAAGUUGCUUCGGGCUUCGGGGAGUUUGCAGCAGGCAUCGCAGAGGUACUGUCAAGAUGAAUUCCAGUUUUGGUCAAACCUUCUAUCUGUAAAGCUGGAUGAUGAUGAAAUGCAACAAAGACUGGAAAGCUGUGUGAAGGAUGUACUAGAAAGUCGCAUUUCUGAGAUCGACUACCAGCGUGUUAUGGAAUUAUAUUGCACCCUUGAUCUCAGCAUCUACCAUCAAGAAAUUGGUGACUGUCUCAUGUCCGCUGCAUUUAAAGCCAUAGACCAUUCACGGCAGGGAGAAAUCAAGGACGGCCAAAUGGAAAGAUUAAGUGCCAGACUAGACUCAGUAAAGCUGGCUGAAUGGCAGACAUCUGGCGUCGGUAAACUGUUUGGUCAUCUGUUAAUGAGUCACUGGCCAGAGGGAAGGGAUGGAACAGAUCCUUCCCGCGACGAGCUUUUGCGGCAUGUGUUUUCUUGGAAACCGAUGGAGGAAUACUUUAAAUACUUUCGCGGCCAACGUCAGGAUGGAGCCAGUUUACCUCCUAAAAGCUCGGACCUUCUUGAAUUGGCCUCUUCACUUCUGGAGGACGUUAGUACAGGCCUCAGGAACGCAGAGAUUGAUGUGAAAACACUACGAAUUGUUCAAGAAAACCGAGAAAAGUUCUUGAAGUUGAACUACCUGCGAUCCAGUACCGAGAAAAACCAAAAAGAGACAAAUCCCAUGGAGUUGUUUCUUGAUAUGCGUUCCGAGGAGCUCAAAGUGUUCGAAAGCGAGAGAGAAGCAGUAUUAUCCUUCGUGGAGUUUUGUUCUGCUGUAAAGUCAGUUGGAGUUAACUUGGAAGAAAUAAAAGAAAAGCUGAAGAAGAACAUAACAUCUUGCCGUAUGCUUGAUCUUUGCCACAAACGGGAAAUCACCGAUGUGCCUCUGGUCAAAUAUUUUGAACUCACGCCAAGGAAUAAGAGAAUGACUCAGUAUCUUCACCAACUCCAAUCCAGCCAUCUUUUCCGUACCAUCUGGCAUAAGUGCGAGGAAAAGGUAGCUCCCAUUUGCCGAGAGGAUCUCCGACUAGCUGGAGUACUGACAUUAGACACAGUAAACGAGCUUUUGUGGACAAAGUCUUUCGAAAGAUGGCAAACUUUGUGGGAGCGAGUAUGUAGCGGACAAAUAAGUCUUAAAGAAGUGGAUGAAAGAUUCGGCAAAUUUAGAAAUGAACCAACGCGUUUCGAUAUUGAAAUUGAAAUAGCACUGAAGCUCCUCCCCGACGAACAAGAUAGUGAAAAAGUAAUCAAUCGACGAGUUGGUCAGAUCAAACAAUACCAGAAGCUAAGAGGGUGCGAGGAAGCUGCUUCAGCUAUCUUGGAGUUUCAAAACGCCAUGGAGCUUGAAGGAGACUUUCAAGUACUUGAUGACUUUCGCAAUCAGAUGAGCGACGAUUUUCGCGGGCGCCCUCUCUCAACUAUUGGUGAUGAUGUUUUAGAAAUGGGAAAAGAUCUUGAACAUGUAACAGCAGUUAUGAUUAAAUGCUUGAAGACUGUCGCUGCUUGCAAAGACUAUAUCUAUUGGCUUCGUGAGGAAGUAAAAGGAAGGGACGAGGUGAAAACUCUGGUGGACCUAGCGAUGAUGUCGGCUGGUGAGACUGACAUUGAAACUGAUCGUGUUUCCUGUGUCCACACCACUGCUCUUGGCUUUGCUCCCUUCAUUUUUGAUUUGGACAAAGACACCAGCUUUGGGGAACUUAUCAGGACAUGUGAAAGCGUGUGGAAGGAGAUCGAAAAAGAUACAUCUUUGCUCGAAAAGCUGAAAAGCAUCAGCCGCCAUCUUGAUUGGCUUAAGGGCGUAAAGGAUGAGCAUGCCAUGUCGUCUCUCAAAUUGGCUCAAGCUAUCAACGAAAAAGGAGUCUACUCCAUUGGCAAGUUGCAGGACAGUCCAGCAUCAACUCAGCUCUAUGACAAGAAAAAUGUGGACUCCGUCAUCAGUUUACUGUUACCUCCAAAUGACCAAAGUGGUAAGCCAAAGGAAUUCAGUUUGGAGAAACUUCAGGAUCUACAAAGUAAACUUGCGCUAAUUUCGGGAAAGGAUUCACAACGAGGUCAAGAGGAUAUAAACAAGUUUGGAGAGUUGCUACAAGGUGCCGUUCAACUUGGCCAGGCGUAUGUUAAUCUCUGUGAAAUUGGAGACGUGUCACGCCUCCAUUGGAAUGAAGAAUACAAAUGUAAGAGCUCUAUGGGAAAAAGGAUCAUCGAUGAAAUCCGUUUAAAGAGCGAGGAAUUUGAAGAACUGUACGACGCAUGCAGAGAACAUAUCAACGAGAUGAGGAUGAAAUACCGCGAGUUAAAUUUUUUUACCAUACGGCAACUGUUGUUCUUGCGCAAGGAACUCGCCAGUUUGAAACAGGGCUCGAAAUUGGAAUCUCUUAAUCUCCAAGUUUAUAGUCUUCUGGAAAAAGUUCUUCCAGGCCUUCACCGAAAAUUACUGAAGGAAGCUCUUGGUGAGGCAGGUAUCUGGGAAGCAGGUUUUGAUCUGGAAUUUUACGGCGGCGAAGAUGCACGUAGCACAACAUCCCAGUCCAGUCAAGAUGAUACUGCCAAGGACAUCGAACAGAUAAGUGAAAAGUACGAGAGCCUUCGUGAUAAUGUGGAGAGGUUUAAUCCUUCAGAGCCUGAACGCCUGGCCGUGGCAGCUCUUUGCCACGACAUAGAAGGCUCUGUUCCCGAGCUUGUUCUUUGGUGUGUGCGAAACAAGGACAAAAGCGACCUUAUUGAUGAACUCUACGAGAAAGCUUUGGAAGACACCAGAUUCCAGGGCAUCAUAGGUGAGGAUCUUAAUUCAGACGAAGAGUCAUCACAAUCCUCUCAACAUACCGAUGACCAGAUGAGUUUACAAGAAGGUGACGAUGAGUUUUCACAUUCGAGUCCACCUGAAGAGACAAACUUCAAUCUGGACGAAACAUUAGGGGGCACCUUUUUGAGUCUGGACGAAGUUGGCGUAUUUCUGUCCUGCUUGGUUGCCAGAAAUGAGGGAAGAGUUACAACGAGGGAAAUCCAAACUUACUUGAAAAGAGGACAGCCGAAUCUCAUGCUUGCAGACAAAGAGAAUAUCUUUGCCGCUGCUCUUGAACUUUAUAAGGACGAAGGAAUGCAUAGUUUGCCAACUAGCGAAGAAGUCCUCGUUUGCACAUCUGAAACGACAUCUGAGGAGGUCGAGUUGCUAUGGCGUCGAGCCCUCGCAAGCAAUGGAGAAAAAAUUCACUGUUUAGUCAAUGGUGACCUGUUAGACUAUGAUGUCAGUCAAAAGGUUGUGGAUUGUUUAUUCACGUUGCUGCAAGAUUAUUCCAACCCUGAAGACUUCGCCCUUGUUGUUCUAUGCAGUCGUGAAAAUGAAGAACGAGCUCAUAUUAUCACCUGUUUGGAACAGUUCAAAGUAUCAAUGCCGAGAUUUCCUCGACCAGAAGAGCUGCGACGAUUCCUCGCAAAACAGUUUAGAGUGCCAGGGCAGAGGCCUGGUGUGUAUCGUGAGCGGCACGUGAUUUGGAAUCCAGCUGCAGAAGUUGGUCGUGUGGAGAACUUAAACGUUCUCGUGGUAUCCUCUGACCACCCUGGAGUUGGAAAGAGUUUGGUCGUUCGUAAGUUGGCAGAAGAAUUGGAAAAGCUUCCCAACAAUCAGCUUGUAGUGGAGACAAUGCUGCAAGAGGGCGAAGAAACACCUCGUUUGUGUGUAACAAUUCCCUUUCACGACAAAAAUACGCAUGUAGCAGAUGCUGUUGGUUUCUUUCUUCCUCAUGCUAUAUCAUCGGAUAUACCUUUGUCCAGGAUUUUUCAUCUUGAUCGUACCUGUUUGGUAACACCAGAGUUCGAAACGUUGCUAUUUAAUUUACUGAUCUUGGGUGAGCUGACUGAUGAGUGUGGACGUGUUUGGAGAAGGAACUCCCACGACUUGUAUAUCCUAGAAGUCACCAACCCCACCUCAAUGGGACCAUCUAAAGCAUUCAAGUUUGAUGAUCUUCUCCCUCAAAUCAGAUGUUGUCUUCCGAGAGACACUCUUCUCUCCUUGAGGAGAAAAGGCGCAGUAAAAGAAAAUAACAGCCCAUCAUUUGAUGAGGAAGAAUUAAAGAGCGACGAAGUUCAGCGCGUAUGGCAGUAUCUUCAGCUGAUCAAGGAGGAACCUGAACUUAUCCAGCAUUUUUACUAUAACCCACGCAGUAAACGCACGAGUCCAGCCGAAUGUCUUAAAACAUUAAUCAGGAACUGUGGAGUUGAGAACCCGUCAUGGUCUGAGCUUCGUUAUUUUGUGAACUUUUUGAACUACCAGCUUAGGGAUUGCGAGGAAAGUACGUUCUGUAAAACCUCUUUAGUAGAAGACACCUUGGAAGGAUUCCGGACUUUUGUGGUUAAUUUUAUGAUAAUUAUGUCAAAGGAUUUCUCGAUGCGAUCUUUAACAGACAAAGACACCAGUCAGAUUCACGGAGCAUCAGCUGGUUCAGAGGAAGAGCAAGAUAUUGUUCCCUUCCUGCUUCGGAGACGUUGGGAGAAGAGUCCUCAUCCAUAUAUCUUUUUUCAUCCGGAUCAUGAUACCAUGACUUUCCUCGGAUUCCAAGUUGAUCAAGAAGGAAAUCUCCUGGAUCCGCAGACUCAACAAAUCAUUGAACAAAGGAUUAUGUCAAGACAUCUUCGCACGGGACUUUAUGUGCAGAACGUAGAUUUGGAAAACAGCUUUGAGUCCCAUUCGAAGGAUCAAAAAAUCCAGUCGCUGUGCCGUGUCAUGGGUAUCGACUUCGCACAUGAUCCUGAUGACUCUUACGAGCUGACGAGUGAUAAUGUUAAGAAAAUUCUUGCCAUCUAUAUGAGGUUCAGAUGUAACAUCCCAGUUAUCAUCAUGGGUGAAACAGGAUGCGGAAAAACAAAACUCAUUCGAUAUUUAUGCAGACUGCAGACAGAGGGAGUAGAGCAAAGAAACAUGCUGUUAAUGAAGAUCCAUGGCGGCACCACUUACAAAGACAUAGAAAGAAACGUCCUUCAAGCUGAGGCAUUGGCUAUUAAUAACAGACAGGAGGGCAAAAAUAUCAACACGGUUUUGUUUUUUGACGAGGCGAAUACCACCGAAGCAUUGGGGAUGAUAAAGGAGAUCAUGGUGGACCGAAGAUGUAAUGGUCGUCCCCUGAAUGACAGUUUGAAAUUCAUUGUUGCUUGCAACCCAUAUCGAAAGCACACAGAUGAAAUGAUUCAGAAACUAGAAUCUGCAGGAUUGGGCUAUCAUGUAACAGCUGCAGAAACUUCUGAACGCCUCGGCAAAAUCCCAUUGCGUCAUCUUGUUUAUCGUGUUCAUGCAAUACCAGAGAGCAUGUGUAGUCUUGUCUGGGAUUUUGGACAGUUGAAUCCGGAAGUAGAAGAGCUUUACACCCAACAGAUUGUGAGAAGAUAUGUUCAUCGUGGUCGUCUUCCAAGAGAUGAAAACCUAGUCAGUGCCAUAGGAAGAGUUUUAGCAGCCUCUCAGAGAUUCAUGAGAGAGAAAAAGGAUGAAUGUAGCUUUGUCAGCUUACGUGACGUAAAACGAGCCAUGGACGUCAUGAUGUGGUUUCACGAACACUUUCAUUACUUUUUUUCUUUGAUGCAAGAAGAGGAAAGUGAAAGUGAAGACGAUGGCAAGAAUGAAGGCGAAAUAGAAUUUUGUGCACAGCAACCAAAUCUGAAAGAAGCAGCACUCGCUUCUGAUGAUGAGCGAUCUGUUCUGAAAAAGGAAGAACAUGCACCUUUCAAAGGGGAAGGGCGAAAGCUUAUCGAUCACUCAAGCAGGUUUAUUCCUCUCAAAGAAGAGGCUAUUGUCAAAAGGGAAUCAGACGAACAAUUUCCCUGGUUUACGCGGAUUCACCAUUUUGCUCACAGAAAAGAACGGGUUGUUCUUCCAGAAGAAACCGUACGCGUAGAAGAUUUAGAGCCCCCACAGGUGGCUCCUCGAUUCGAUCCUUCAAAUACACUAGGCUUUGAAGAAUCUGUAGAAGGACUGCUCUCAGAAGAAAACGGAGAUGUCGGCGACAGAAUUGACCCAGUAACCUGGUCUUUAAUUCUUGCUCUUGGUGUUUGUUACCAAGCACGGUUAACAGAAAGGAAGGAAUACCGUGAGGCAGUAGCGAAAUCAUUUCGAACACCAUGUAGGCUUCCUGGUGGAGCUGAAAAGAUUGAAAGAGAAAUUUGUCGAUGUCAAGAAGCUUUAAUGAGGGAGCUAGAACUUGGACCCAACAUUGCCUGCAACGAAGCCCUUAGUGAAAAUGUGUUUAUGAUGGUGGUGUGCAUUGAACUGAGGAUUCCAUUAUUUGUGGUUGGGAAACCAGGCAGCUCCAAAUCCCUGGCCAAGUCUGUUGUAGCUGAUAACAUGCAGGGAGCCAGAUCAAAAUCUAAACUUUUCAAAAAGUUUAGGCAGAUUCAAUUGGUUUCGUACCAAUGUAGCCCACAGUCCACACCUGAGGGGAUACUAGCGACAUUUAAACAAUGUAGUGAACUUCAAGAGAGUAAGAACAGACAAACAACUUCAGACACAUUUGCUUCUGUGGUAGUGCUAGAUGAAGUCGGAUUGGCAGAGGACUCGCCCAAAAUGCCCUUGAAAACUCUACAUCCCCUGCUGGAAGAUGAUGACCAAAACGACGAGUUUGUGAUCCAAUCUGAAAAGAGUUUUACACGCGUUGCUUUCAUUGGUCUGUCCAAUUGGGCGCUGGACCCAGCCAAAAUGAACCGUGGAAUAAUGCUUUGCCGUAAUGAACCUGACGGUGACGAACUGGAAGCAACUGCCAGGGGUAUUUGUGGAGGCGAUGAAGACAUAAUGACACACAUAGAACACCUCAUAUCCCCGUUGGUCAGUGGCUACAAAGACCUCUACACCAGACAGAAAAAGCUGAAGAAACUGAUCGAUGGAAAGAAAGAUGAAUUUUUUGGACUACGAGAUUUCUACAGUCUCAUUAAGAUGAUUUUCUGCAUCGUAAAAGAGCAGAAACGCCGACCAAACUGGGAAGAGCUCGAACGGAUCAUAAAGAGAAACUUCAGUGGCCUACUGGAAGAUGAUUUUAAUCCUGUGAAAAUUCUUAUGGACCAUGUUGAUUUUCCCGAGGAAUAUAUUCAGAAUGAACAACGUAGAGAAGUUGACGCUUUGGACCUUAUCAGGGCAAGCCUGAAUCGAGAAAGCGUGAUGGGAGAUGGACGGUAUCUACUCAUCAUGACUGAGAACUUUGCAGCUCUGCCGAGAAUAAAACAGCUCUUGUUAGAACAAGACGAGGAAGAACCAUACGUUAUCUUUGGAAGUGGUUUUCCUAAGGACCAGUUAUUCACUCAGGUUUGCCGCAAUAUUAACCGUGUCAAGAUGUGUAUGGAGACUGGCAGAACGGUGAUUUUGCUGAAUCUUGAAAACCUGUAUGAAAGUCUCUACGACGCCUUAAAUCAGUAUUACGUCUCUUUUGGAGGAGAGAAAUAUGUCGACCUUGGGCUCGGGAAUAACCGAGUCAAAUGCCGCGUUCACAAAGAUUUCAGGCUCAUUAUCAUUGCUGAAAAAGACGGGGUUUACAACAAAUUUCCCAUCCCUCUUAUCAACCGCUUGGAGAAACACUUCCUUGUUAUGUCAUCUGGCCUCACCGAACUUCAGAAGGAACUCUCUUGGGAAUUGGAAAGCUGGGUUCAAGAUUUUGCGUCUAUACUGCAUCGGACCUACGAAAAACAGAGUACAUUCACAAAGGGAGAUGCUUUUAUUGGUUACCACGAGGACAUUGUUCCGGCCGUGGUUUUGCAAGUUUGUGCUGAGCUUUACAGCAACGGAACCUCCGUCACAGACCAAGAUAGGAAGUGUUGGGUGGAAGAAGUGCUUAGCAUAUGUAAGGAGCGUUUGCUACAGUGUGCGACUCCCGACUCUGUUACUCGUCUCCGUUUCUCGCGUCUGAGCCCAAACGCAGACGAAUUAUGGAAGACAUACUUUCACAAGCAAGAACACUCAAGCCUGGCCAACUUUUUAGAAAAGGCUGCCAACUUUGGUGCCGAUGGGACGUCUAAAGCAUCAUUUCGUGCCCAAAUUUCGACACACUCUCGUCUUCUGACAGACCGAGACAUUUCUGCCAUUGCCGGUGCUGUUAACCUUCAUCCAGUUUCAGUAAAAUGUGUCUCACUGAAGGAGAUCCAAACUGAGCAGGACUUCUGCAACCGAAUAGGGAGAGACUUUUGGGCCAAGCUUGGAGGAAGGGAGAGCCUGUUAAUCGUUCAGUGCGAUUCAGCUGACCAAAACCUGAAUUUGGUGGCAUGCUCUCGUCAUCUGCUCAUAGAAGAGUUGCGGGAAAUGGAGAAGGAGUUGGGGGAAAUGGCCGAAGAUUCGGACGAGGAUUUGACUGGUGUCAGUCACGUCCUCAUGAUCAUACAGUUGCCUAGAAUAAAAGGGGGCUGUAAAGAGUUCGUUGGUGUGCAAGGUGAAGGAUGGUUGUCUGUCCACAUCGACGAGUUGUGCCCUCCAAGUGAGGAAAUACCACCGAUUGAAGCACUGUUGGACCGUUCGGUCAGUGAAAUUUUCGAGGGUGCCCUUAACGAAACAGAAAAGACAGAAAAUCAUCCGACUAUCAGCCAAGUUCUAACAAGUUGCGUGCAAUUAGCGGCCAGCAAGAUCGAGGAUGAUGAAUCAACGCUUGAAAGGGCAACUAGAAGGAUUGAAUUGCUGCUUAACUUACUUUCGAGCACUGGGCAACAGGAUGACAACCGUUUCGAGCUGGUGGUGGCAAAACGACUCCAUGUCUUGCUAGUAGAAAGAGAUCAGCGAGCACCAAAAGAGGGAAAGGAGUGGCUCGAGGACGAGGCCAAAUCGUGCACUGUGAAGGAAACUGGAACAUUCAAAAAAGCACUUUGGCGCCGUUUCCAGUCUGUGGUGGCCCCUAUUCUGGCAGAAGUCAUAGCAUACAUCGAUCGCGACGGAAACCUUGAACUGGCUGCCAGUGAAGACCCUUGGGUAUCACGUCUCUGGUUGAACAUCUUUGAAGACGCGUCUUUUUCGGAUCUCAGUUAUGGAAUGUUUAUGUCUCGAGAGGAAGAUGUGGAGAAAGUCAGAAGCAAAGUUCCAGUUGUAAAAUCAGGUUAUCGAUCGCAUGCCUUUCAAUGCAGGUUUCCAUUUUCGUGGCUCCUCAAAGAACAGAUAGAUGAGAUGUUUCAAGAGGCCAGAAGUAUUGCAGAAAAUUCUCACGAAACCCUCAUUGAAUGCUUACGGAGGUUGUUGGACGCUUCAAGCGUGAGGCAGAUUGUUUCCGAGGCCACCUCAAAAGGCGGCGAUGAUUCAGUGGCUCGUUAUUUGCAUGACUUUACACAGAUGGUGCACAAACCUCAAGAUGAAGCUGAGACUGAGAUUGUUCAAAGAGCGAUUACAGCCGCUGCAAAAGAGCUUCAGAUCCGUGGACGUUCACCAGAUGAUAGGUUCGCCAUGGAUUUUGCACUGAUUCAUGUGGCACAUUCUCGUAUUCAGCAGCGACUCAACUGCUUAGCCUUGUUUCUUCAAGUCAAGCCUGACCUUGCAGAGCACCUUUGUAACAUAUUUUCUUGGGAAGAAAACGAAAUGACUGUUGAUGCUAUUGCUCUGCAAAUGUGCCUGGAACGUAUGGAACCUUAUGCUGAGGAACUAAAGACCACCUCACAGAGACAGGCUUGGUGUGACUCAGUUUUGUCAGUGAAGAUUCCAGUGGAAGAAAUGAUCGGCAAAAGGACGACCGAAGACAAGAUGCGUGUUGGAGAAAAGACUGAGUCCAUGCUAAUACACUGCAGAUCAAUGUGGCAACGCCUUAGUGCCGUGAGACUAUUUAUCGAGCACGCGUAUCCAUCCCAAGACUCAACAGAUUGUGGAGAUUUGCAGAGCAUUUUAAACCUUUGGAAGGCCCUUGGUGAAAAAACAGAUUUUACAAAGGCAGAGUCCCUGAACACUGUUGAACGCUUUUUGAUAAGCUGUGCGAAGGAUUCAAUUCCACGAUUUCAAGAAAGUGAAGACCUUGAAGUGCAGGCUAAAUUUAUCCAUCGAUGCAACGCAUUCUUCAUGGAGAUUGUUUCACUGUUUUGCUUUGGAGACGACGUGCGUAAUUUGGAUCCAGACGUAUUUGAAAUGCUCAUGAGAUAUGUUACAGGAACAAAAUCUGCUGGUGCAACGAGAGCAUUCUCACCUUUUCCUGAAUUUGGAACAGACAGUAGUCCUGUUGUGAGAUCAUUCCUCUUGCAGCAGCUCAUCAAUUCAAGUGACGGAAAAGCCAAGAAACACCUACAGCGCUUCCUCUUCGAAGCUCAAGGCUUGUCUGCAGAGGUGCCUCAUAUCCUGAAUGUUUGUCUACUUGCCGUGCAGUGUAUGGAGAACUCCUGCGCUAGUGAGUUAGCUAUGUUCGCUAACUUCGAUCUUCCAGUACAAAUUGGUAGCAUUAACAAAAUUUGUCAAGACGCACUAAGAAUCUUACAAGAAGACUUCACAAGUUUUGAUGAAAUGCAGGUGGAUUCUUUGGAAGCGGUAGCUAAAGCACGCUGUAGUUUAGGGAUGGCGGCGCAUUAUCUGUACGCUAGAUGUGUUAACGACGAUGAAAAGUGGCUCCAAAGGGAAACGCGAGGUGCAAUGGAAUUCUUUUUCAACACUGUCGAGACACUUUGCUCAUUGGGUCCGUUGGGUUCCAAAUCUCCUGCUCUCUUUCUACUCAAACAGCUGGUUAAACGUUACGGGGGACAUGCCAUUGUUACUGUUUCUCAAAAGCCAGAACUCUCGUGGAUUAUUCCAGCUGAAUUUCAACGAAAUGAGGACGCUGAGAUGAAUCUGGAUCGGUUUCUUGUGUAUGGAGAGUUAUAUCAGGAAUUAAGAGACUCGAUAGCCAGAGCAGUUUUAAGCAACGAGACGAAUGAACUAGUUGCGUCACUAGAGAGGUUGGGCGAAGUCCCGGGACAGCAUGCUAAAGAUAUCAUUUUACUUCUGGCUUUGUAUCGAGAGAUUGUAGUGCCGCGAGGAACGUUGGAGCAAAACCUGCUGUUUCAGCCUGGAAAAUGUGUAGCGAUAACAGACGUAAUCCUUGCAAGGAGCAGAUUUAUUUCCAUCACUGCGCGGAGUUUGCUCAAGAAUCUCUUGAAGAAUCCUCAGAACGUGGGAUUUCCAUUUCUCACUGUUGAAGAGACCCAUAGUGAAAAAGAGAAGGCAUUGACCGAUAUUGUGUUUCACGCCACUUCCGUUCUUCGGUGCGUAGAAUUUGAUGAGUUGCUGACGCCUCUGAGGGAGAUUUUUCUCGCCCCAGGUCAAAUUGUGAAUUCGUUUCUUCCAACAAUGCCAGAAGACAAUUUUCAAGAGGCUUCUUCUGCCAUAAAGGAAGGUGGCAUGUGGUAUGAGUGUCAAAAGGGUCAUCGCUACUUAAUUGGUGAAUGUGGGAAACCAGACCAGGAAAGUCAUUGCCCUUCUUGCAAGUCACCAGUCGGAGGCCUUGACCACAAACUGGUCCCCAACAACAGAGAAGCAAGCAGGGGCGACCGUUCUAACAAAGGACACAUCUUAGGGGCUCCUAAGGGUAUUACAGUCGCUGAAAGAGAUCUUACUCCUGCUAUGGUAAGCCUCAUGAGGAUCAUUCUCCACUCUGCCAUGAUGGCCGGGGCCCAGGAAAAUCCUGAGGCCAUUUGUCAGCUUAUACGUUGGCCAGAUGACCAGCCAGGUGAUGUCAUAGGCUUCCUCUGGGCACAUCUUGCUAAUGAUAUAGACAACAUAUCGGCCAGCCUGGAGAGGAGCGUGGAUGAGGUGUUGCUAAUGAUUCAUCGCGUUUUAGCAGAAAUUGUGGACCGUGCAACAGCGAGAGGAACAGUUUUUAUGGGAAAGUGGUCGACCAAAGCAGAAAGAAGAGAAUGGGAGAACCAGUUUUCAGACGUAUUUGCAAGACCAGUAGUAAUGAAUCUGGAGGAACUUUUAAAGAAUUUCUAUGUUUUGUCUAUCAACGACAGGAGAUUGGGGAGUGAUCCCCUAAUGCGAGAGAUUUACGAAGUGGAUGAGCUCUCACCUCCUCGCUCGGCAGCGGAAAUCCAUCCUGGUCACGCGACCUUUUGGAAAUAUAGAACACGUUUGACUGUUGAGCACGUGAUUCGUCAGUUUCAAGACAUCAAGUCAAACAUGGCCUCUUGUAAAGUCCUAAAAAAGUUUUUGGUGGAGGAACACAGACUUCGAGCAGUUUGUCACCUGCCCAACAUUCUGGGUUUGUUGAGAAUAUUGACUGACCGCUUUCAUCGACGAAUCGACAGAGAAAAUGCUAAAAAGCUCAAGAUUCGGGAAUUUUUGCAAAAAUUACCAAAAGACCAGAGGGAUAACUUCACAAAGUUAUUCCAAAGUUUUUGCACUGCUUGGGAUCAGGUUCGCCAUCACCUGCGUUCACAAGGUCGUUUUACUCCUUCUCAAGAACAGUGCUCCAAGCCAAUCGAAAUGACCUCCACCGUUUCAGUAUUAUUACCAACAGAGGUUGGCCCAGGUGUUUGUUGUAAAGCUUUGCUGUUCUUUUUGGUCAAUGCACAUAAUGAUAUGGUACAAGCAUACCACGGUACUGUUGGCUCUGACGAAAGCACACGUUCCACUGCUAAGAUUCCUCUUUCGGAAGUUUCGGUGUCGCAGUUGGUAGCAUAUGACUUCGAAAGGGACUUGCUACCUGUGAUGCUAGCCAACUGCUCCUACUCACUGGAGAUGGGGAAGGAAACAUCAAUGCAGUACAACUGGGAAGCCCUUCAGAAGCAGAUAGUUGAUAGGUUCGUACGGGGAAGGCCUACAGUGGAAUUUAAGCUGGAUGAUUUCGUGUUUCGUGAAGAUGACCGCGGUGUGUCCUUCGACAACUUGAGGGACAAAAUUCCACAGGAGCCAAUUGAUAGUCAAACCCGCACCCAGAUUCUCUCGGAUUUGAAGGACGUCAGGGACGUGAGUGAUUUGCUCUCAACGCUGGAAAUGGCGGUUGGUUUCUUGUCCAAGGCAGGUGGAAAUCCAGAAACAAAAAUCUGUGAUUACCUCAAGCAUGUUCUUCGUCUCAGUGAUGGAAAGUCGAACUUAAAGAGUAAGAAGGCGCAACAGUCUUGCUGUCUGGGUCACAUCAUGGAUCUGUGGUCCACACUCGCCGUUGUGCGUGUGAAAUCUCUACUUAGGAAUGGACAGGAUCCAUUUGAGAAGGUGUCCGAAAUUUUUAAACAAGGAAUGCCGCGACCUACAAUCACGCGUUUCAGUGCAGCAUUAAAAAAAAUUAACGUUGACUUGUUUUUGAGUAGAGUCAUCGAAGUCAUCAGUUUGAUGCAUGCUCACGAUGAAGACGCAAUCAGUGAAAUGAGACUCAGUGAGUACUUAUCAAUGCGUUUUGAUGACAGCACCGACCUGGACGAGAUCCGACCUGGAGACUCCGAGACUCCGACCCGGAUUCCCGAUGAAGUCUAUGUAAAGUACGUGAUUCAUGCGUUCGAGCUUGCGGUAGAAGUGCGAGACAGAGACCAAGGACGCAGGAGGUCCAUAAUGUCCUAGGACUUAAUUUUCAGAAUUUUCAGAUUUACGUUUUUAUGCUUCAUUGUUAUUUCAAGGACUUUCCCAUCAUUUAUAAUCUUAGCUAUUGAUGUAUUGUUCAUUUAACAAUAUGCAUGAACUCAAAAUGAGACUGAAAUGAGGAAAUUCCAGGUUAGAAUAGACGAAUAUAAACUGACAUAUUACUGCGGAAACUUAAUUUUUACAAUAACAGUUUUUCAAUUAUUGGCAAUAAAGGGUAAC